CAGGCUACAGGUUCAUAAGACUUACUCAGGUCUUUUCUGUGUGGUGAUCAAUCCAUACAAGAAUCUGCCUAUCUACACUGAGGAGAUUGUUGAGAUGUACAAGGGAAAAAAGCGGCAUGAAUUGCCACCUCACAUCUAUGCCAUUACAGACACUGCAUAUAGGAGCAUGUUACAAGAUCGUGAGGAUCAGUCAAUCCUGUGCACUGGAGAGUCAGGUGCUGGUAAGACAGAAAACACCAAGAAAGUGAUUCAGUACUUGGCUCAUGUUGCUUCAUCACACAAAUCUAGAAAGGAACAGCAGUCUACGGUGUUAGCAUACAGCUGUAGAGAUCUUCAGACCCCUCAACUGACACAUCUGGCAACUUGAGAUGGUGUAUGUGAAAUGCUGUUAGAUUUGAACCCUAAUACAUGCUAUUUGCAAAUUUUAUGGCAUUAUAUGCUUUCAGCUGUCCAAAUUUCAUGAGUCUAAAUUUAUUCCACUUUAAACAUCAAAUUAUAUCAAGAUUAGUUACAGCUCUACAUAGACUGAACAAUUUCCAUGCCUUGCUUCUCACCUGCCUAACUUAGCACUAAUGCUAGUGAAAGCUACUGACCUAUUCUAACAGUUAUAAAUGGUGAAAUUGAUCAUUAGUCAGUGUGUUCUUCAGUGCAUAUUUCAAAAAUAGUGUUAAGAAUGGCAUGGUUUAAAUUAAAGGGCUAUGUUUGUUUCUUACUAUGGUAACCUAUGUUGAAAACUCAAGUCAUUUUGCAAUCUUCCAUUUACCCACUUCAAUGGCACGUAAUGCUGUGCUUAGGGAAGUCAAGUGAAGACAAGGAUCUGAUUUCUGAUGCUACCAUGUUAUGAAGAGACUGGCAAGACUUUCCAUGGGAUUUAUCUUGACGUGGAUCAGGGCAAUCUUUUAAUAUCUAUCAAGCAAGUUGUAUAAUUUGUGUCCUACUUGUAGAAGUUUUUAAUGUGUACCACCAUUUUUCCUCCUCUUAAAUGGGAGCCUAAGACCGUCUGUGCAUCACAUUUUGUCACGUCUAAACUGGAUGCACCUGAGUUUUUCUGCUGGAUAAUUGAGAACUAAUUCUCUGGAGUCAAAUUAAA